AUGGCGCGAACACGAGGGGCUAAAUCUUCAUCUCCUUCGAAUCGCAAGAAGAGUCUGCGAAAGGAGCUAGUUCCAGAUUCUGCUCCAGAGCCUUCGCAGCCGAAAGCAAUUCCUCCUUCGGUGAAGCCAGCGUCGCCAAAGCCUCCGGCGAAACAUUACCUUACCAAGUCAGGAGGUCGUACACUGCAAAAGAGACCCAGGGUACAGAGCUCAGAACCCAUCGAUUUGACUGAGCAAUCUCCAGAGCCUUCACCAAUUCCAUCACCGGUUCCAACUCCAGUUCCCUCGCUGAUUCCCAUGCCAGUUCCGUCGCCGGUGCCAUCUCCGGCGCUGCAAGAAAAAUCUCAGGAGCCUCAAAGCUCGGCCAUUCCAUUCCGAGCUAUGCUUCAACAUAGCGGCAUUCAGAGUGAGGUCGGAGCUUACACAGACAUUCAACCUGCUGAGAAGAGCUUCACCAGCUGCACCAGCUUCAUCUCAGCCAUCCACAUCAGCUGA